AUGGACCUUCGCCUCGCCGCCGCCUCCCGCAAAAUUGGCCGCCCCGACUACGUCCUCCUCUGCACAUAUGGGUGCAGCGACGCGGUGGACAUUAACAAGACCACAGCGUGCGUCUCGCUGAGCAAAAUGGGAUGCAUCAAGGUAACCAUCUCAAAACAAGAUCUGCCAUCGAUCUCCUACUUCCAUGUUACCUGUCCCGACCUCACAGAGAACCCCUUCACCCAAAGUCCUGAGAUCCUUUGGUCGUCGGAGAACUUCAUCCUCUUCCGUGUCCAUCUCGUCGGACCCGGCCCACCAGAGUUCUUCCUCUAUAUGGUCGAAGGCCCGGAGUUCAAGAGGCCGAUGCUUAGUCUGCUUCCUGACUUUGGCUCGUAUUGUGUUCGCGAGAUGCUAGAUCCAUACCUUGUAGGCGUCGUUCCCGACGAUGACGGCAAGAGCCAUUUCGUGACCGCUUUCAAAAGGAAGGAGUCAGCGGAUUGCGAACUCCACAUCUACAGGCUUGAAGGCAGUACCGGGACCUGGAGCAAAGAGCAUAUUUUCCCAGAUUUCCCCUCCUGGGCACGUUCAGGGGUUUUUCCAGAUAAGGUGGUUGCAUUAGGUCAAGAAGUGGGCUAUGUCGAUCUCUUGAAGGGGAUUCUUUUCUGCAAUGUGGUCAAAAAUCCGGUGAAGGCACAUUUCAUUCCAUUGCCGAACCUGCUACCCAACAACCAACACUACUUCUAUGAAGAAUUGCCAGGACAGGCAAUACGUGAUGUCACCUGCACUGAUGGUUAUAAAAUCAUGUGUGUUGAGCUGGAAGAUUUAUUCGGUUUCACAACCAGAAUCCCUGAUCCUGAUGUACUCCAUGAUUUUGAAGUUGAUCCAUCUAUGAAGGUGGUAAAGCACAUGCGUGUUGGUUGGAGGCUCGUGACAUGGUAUCGGGAGAUUUUUUGGGACCAUUGGCAAAAGGUGUGUAAGAUUCAUGUUGAUGAACUUGGAGAAGUCUCCUUGCCUCCUCAUGGUAGAACAGAACCCUUGCCACCCAAGAACCUGAAACCAUCUUCUAGAGCUAAAAAGUUGCCUCUGAGCGACCUGCAAACAGCUUGUCCGAUCCUCUGUGGCGAUUAUGUUUGCCUCCUCUCCAAGUGGGACUAUCGUGAUGAUGAGGCUUGGAUUGUCACUGUUGACAUGUGGAAGAAAGCAGUGAGAGGACUGGUGCGAGUUAAAGAUGGGAUAUCCAUGCGUCUCAAUCCAGCCUACAUAUCCUUUGUGAUGAAGAAUUAUCGCAAGGGUGAAUCAGAUGGACGUAGCUCUCUUGUGAAGGAUACUCCUUUUCACGGCAAACGUUGUCUGUUUCCAGCCGAAGAGGAUACUGAGGGGUUCGACAAUGGAACAAAGAGAACGAUAUGGUUGAGUCGACCUCCAUAG